AUGCAAAGCUCACUUGAUGCCUCCGCCGACGAGGCAUUGGCCCGUAUGGGCUACAAGAGUGAAUUACCACGAAACUUGAGCAUGCUAAGCAUCCUCGGCUUAUCCUUUGCCAUCAUGGCAGCCCCCUUCGGACUCAGCACAACUCUUUACAUCACCCUUGCCGACGGUCUAUCCGUCACCAUAAUCUGGGGCUGGGUUUUUGUCUCCCUGAUCUCAAUCGCUAUCGCCGCCUCUCUUGCCGAGAUCUGUGCCGUAUACCCUACGGCAGGAGGCGUGUACUAUUGGAGCGCGAUGCUCUCCACGCGCCGCUGGGCACCGUUGAUGUCCUUUAUCGACGGCUGGCUAACCCUUGUCGGCAAUUGGACCGUCACACUAAGCAUCAUUUUCUCCGGCGGCCAGCUGAUCCUCAGCGCCAUCUCCAUCUUCGAUGAAUCCUUCGCUGCCAAUGCGUGGCAGACCGUAUUAAUGUUCUGGGCAGUCAUGCUCUUCUGCGCCCUAGUUAAUAUCUUCUGCUCGCGCUAUCUUGAUCUCAUCAACAAAGUCUGCAUCUUCUGGACAGCGGCUAGUGUUAUCAUCAUCCUCGUGACGCUUUUGACAAUGGCUGACGAUCGUCGAGACGCUGAAUUCGUCUUCGCCCAUUAUGACGCCUCCACGAGCGGCUGGCCCGCCGGAUGGGCUUUCUUCGUGGGUUUGCUGCAGGCAGCAUACACCUUAACGGGCUACGGAAUGGUCGCUGCCAUGUGCGAAGAGGUGCAGAACCCACACCGCGAGGUACCCAAGGCAAUCGUGCUCUCCGUGGUAGCUGCUGGUAUCACCGGCCUGAUGUACCUGAUCCCGAUUCUGUUUGUGAUGCCUAACGUGCAGAUUCUACGCGAGGUUGCUAGCGGCCAGCCGAUCGGCCUUCUCUUCAAGACAGUGACGGGCUCAGCGGGCGGUGGCUUCGGCUUGCUCUUCCUUAUUCUGGGCAUCAUGCUGUUCGCUGGCAUAGGAUCCCUCACAGCUGCCAGUCGCUGCACAUAUGCAUUUGCACGUGACGGUGCCAUUCCGGGCUUCAAGCUCUGGCGUCGGGUGAACAAUAAACUGGAUGUGCCUGUGUGGGCUAUUGUACUCUCGGCAGUCGUUGAUUGUUUGCUGGGAUUGAUCUAUUUUGGCUCCACGGCUGCAUUCAACUCCUUCACCGGCGUGGCUACUAUCUGCCUGUCGACCUCGUACGGUCUUCCAAUUUUGAUUUCUUUGAUCCGAGGCCGUCAAGAUGUGAAAGGCUCCUCGUUCUCCCUCGGUCGCUUUGGAUUUGCCAUCAACUGCGUUACUAUUGUGUGGAUCGUUCUAGCUGUCGUGCUCUUCUGCAUGCCUGUUACCUUGCCUGUUACCCCGGAAUCUAUGAACUACGCCAGCGUGGUCUUUGCUGGAUUCGCUGGUAUUAGUAUCUUUUGGUACUUUAUCUAUGCACGUAAGCACUUUACCGGGCCUCCUGUCAGCGGUGAUGAGGCGCGCGCGGCUACAGAGCUCAUGACGGGCACGCCGGUGGAUGCGGAGAAACCCUUGGAGACGAUGAAGAAGUCGCCGAUCGAGUAG